AUGCGCUUGAAUGAAACUGAUUUUUAUACAAUUGCGGAUAGAGGAAGUGUCAUGUCAGGGACAGGGAGGAUAUUGAUAGUUGUUGAGAUUGAUUCAGAUGUGGAUGAAAAGGAUUGGACCACAUUUUAUUCAUAUGUGGCAAGCAUGGAUGGAGGAAGCAAAGUGAUCAUCUUAAGUAGGCUUAAAAAGAUGGAGAAAUUUGGAACCAUGAAUCCAAUUUUUCUCAAUGUCUUGACAUAUGAGGAGUUCAGCUACCUCUACAAGGCACUCGCAUUCGGAAGUGCAAACCUGGGGGAACACCUGCAGUUGGUACAAAUAGAAGACAGGUUUGCCAGAGAGUUACAAUCGAGAUGGUCAAUUCUCGCUACAAAUUUGUUUGCAGAUGUAAUGAGAACGAACCUGAAUGUUCAUUUCUGGCUUAGUAUAUUGAGCAGGUGCAGGAGACUAGUUGAUAGAAACCUCUCCAUGUUUGGUGAGCAUCCAAAAUUACGUCUUGAAAAAGGUCUUCCAAUAGAUGUGACGGACAUGGUUCUGCGUCCUGCUUCUCCACUUCAGUUCGUUUGGAAUAGCUCAAACAAUGUUCCAGUGAAGGAAUUACCACAGGUGACCUUUACAGAGCUAUUAGUGGAUCUUAAGCCAAAGAUGCAGGCCACUGUAGUGAGAUUUGAAUCAAGAAUUCCACCUUAUACUACAUUUGAUCACAUUCUUUCAAGUUAUGCUCAACAUACUCCUCAGCCCGGGGCCAAGCGUAGAGGAGUGCCUUAA